UCAUAAUCUCUUCUCCCCUUCAUCUCCUCUCGCUGGAAAAUGAUGUCUUCAUUGUUAACCCUACCUUCAACAUUUUCCCGCCUAAAUUUAGUCCCAAACUCCUUAGUAGUAAUUCCCUACACAUUUAAAUUGCUCAAUUUUGUAAAAUCCCACAAGCAACAGCGACUAAGACCCUUAAAUUAUCCUCUCCUUUGUUUUCCUUAUUCACCCAAUUCUUCAGCAACUCAAUUUUCCACUUCAAGUAGUUCUGUUUCGCCCAAAUCCUUUAAUGAUGAUUUGGUUGUUCUUGGCAUCGAAACGAGUUGCGAUGACACAGCAGCAGCUAUCGUGAGAAGCAAUGGCGAAAUUCUCAGCCAAGUCGUGUCUUCUCAGGCAGAUUUGCUUGCUCGAUAUGGAGGCGUUGCUCCUAAAAUGGCUGAAGAAGCACACUCACAAGUAAUUGAUCAGGUUGUGCAGGAAGCAGUUGAUAAAGCUGGUUUGACUGAAAGGGACCUAUCUGCCGUUGCUGUUACUAUUGGACCUGGUUUAAGUCUUUGCCUUCGUGUUGGUGUGCAGAAAGCUAGGAGAGUUGCUGGCAGCUUCAAUCUACCAAUCAUUGGUGUGCAUCAUAUGGAGGCUCAUGCUCUAGUAGCCAGGCUGAUAGAAAAGGAGUUGCGAUUUCCUUUCCUGGCCCUGCUUAUAUCAGGAGGACACAAUCUGUUAGUUCUUGCUCAUGAUCUUGGCCAUUACACUCAACUUGGGACCACAAUAGAUGAUGCAAUUGGUGAGGCUUUUGACAAGACUGCAAAAUGGCUUGGCCUUGAUAUGAGGAAGAGUGGUGGGCCAGCUGUUGAGAAACUUGCUCAGGAGGGUGAUGCAGAAUCAGUCAGAUUCUCAAUUCCAAUGAAACAUCAUAAAGAUUGCAAUUUCUCAUAUGCUGGUCUAAAGACCCAAGUGAAGCUAGCAAUUGCAUCCAGAAAUAUUGCUGCAAAGGUUCCCCUUUCAUGUGCAAGUAGCCAAGACAGAAGUUCUCGAGCUGAUAUUGCCGCCUCUUUUCAGCGAGUUGCAGUAUUACAUCUAGAAGAAAGGUGUGAACGAGCAGUUGAAUGGGCAUUGAAGAUUGAGCCUUCCAUAAAGCAUCUGGUAGUAUCUGGAGGUGUAGCAUCAAAUCAAUAUGUUAGGGCUCGAUUGGAUCAGGUUGUCAAGAAGUAUAGUCUGCAGCUAGUCUGUCCCCCUCCCAACCUUUGCACUGACAAUGGUGUGAUGGUUGCUUGGACCGGCAUUGAGAACUUUCAUGUUGGAAGAUAUGAUCCUCCACCACCUGCCAAUGAUCCAGAAGAUUUCAUGUAUGAUUUGCGACCAAGGUGGCCAUUAGGGGAGGAAUAUGCUGAAGGCAGGAGUGAGGCUCGCUCGUUGAGAAGGGCUCGGGUUCAUCCAUCACUUACAUCCCUUGUACAAGCCUCGUUGCAACAACAACGAUAAGAGUGUGUACAUACGCAAAAGCAUCCACAGCUUACAUCUCUAUUCUGUUAAUCUUCAUAGAGAUCCUCGAAUGGUCUUAAAUUAAAUGUCACAAUGAUUCCUCAGCUUAACUAUCUGAUGGGUAAUUGAGGUUGCUUCUUAAGAUGCACCACUUCAGAAUACUAAGAUGGGCAUCAAACAUAUUCAUGAAACGAACUGCUUGAUGCUUUAAUACUUUCUGUAAAAUCUUCUGAGUUUUGUACGGUAUCUUUGUUGUUUUCUUACGAUUCACAUGCAGAUAAUGAGUUAUGGGCCAUUUAAUACAAAACUUUUUUUUAUCAAUUAACCUUUUAAUCUUUAAAUGAAAAAGGGAAUAUAAGAUGCAGCCAAGAAAGGUGGAAAAGAUGAGUUUUGUUAUUUGCACUUUUUUCAGAAAUUUAUCAAAUAUAUAACAAUCAUCAUGAUUCAUGCCUAAUCCAAGUAAUUGUUCAAUUGUUGAGGGUGUUUAUCGUUUCUCUGCUAUAUAGAGCUUUCGUGAAGGCAAGCUUCACUUUCUUUGGUGAAGUUGAACUUAAUACAUUCCUUUCACGAUGAUGUUUAUUGAAAUUUAAAACUUUACCUUACUAGUAAUGUUUUUAAAGGGAAAAAAAAUCAUUAGUUUAUGCCCAUAUGACCUGUUGAACUCCUUAUG